GAUACAGCGCUCGCCACAUUGCCACACGAUAUAAGAUCCAUCAUACAACCAUCACAAGACUUCAAAAAAAGUAUAAAGAAACGAAUAGAAUCAAAAACAAGCCUAAAUUGGGCCGUCCGCGAAAACUCAAUAUACGUGACCGGCGAAUAA